GCAGGGACAUUUUCCAUCGCUAGUGAUGAUGUGAUGAAGAGCAGGCCCAUCAAGAAGGCCAAACGUCGUGCUGCUGGUUCAGAGGGGCAGAGUGGGGGAUCAUUCAAAGUGUUUAAAGGCUUCUCCCUGGCCCCUACAUCGGGAACCGGGCCAGCCGCUGAGGGGAUCACAGCCUUCUCCGGGUUCGGGAAUGGGGUAGGGUUUAAACCCCUGUCUGGGCUGUCCAAUGGGAACAGUGUCAAACCUGUCACUCCAGCCCUCACCGGGUUCACCUCGCCUACUGCCACCAAGACCACCACACCAGGUUCAUUAACAUUCAGCGGCCCCUCCUCCAGUGCCGUCAUCACAGGGCAGCAGUCUAAUGGUUCCUCCCCCGCGGUUUCCAGUCGGUCUCUCGGCUCCUCUCUCUCCUCUAACAGCGGUAACAACCAGGAAUACAGUAGGCAGCUCACAGCUCUCAACUGCUCAGUCAGGGACUGGAUCACCAAGCACGUCAACGGAAACCCCCUCUGUGACCUAAACCCCAUCUUCAGGGACUAUGAAAAGCACCUGGCCAGCAUCGAUAAGAAGUACGGAGGGAGUGGAGGGACUGGAGCUGUGACUGGAGCUGCUGUGGUGGUGGACGGAGGCUCAGAAAGCAGUAGCAGAGCAGAGGAACCAGAGAAGCGAGCAGCCAGUACACCACCACCACCCCCUUCUAGCGCCGCCGGCUCGACCACCACGGCCCCGGUGUUCUCCUUCAGUAAGGACAAGGACGGCAGCGCCACGGCCCCGGUGGACAGCUCAGCCGCUCCGAUCCCCGCUGGCAUCAGCUUUAGCUUGGGCCAGAAGGGGAACAGCUCAGUGUUGGGGACUCUGAGCACCGGAGGAGCUCCUGGUGUCUCCUCCUCCUCCCUGUUUGGAGGCGCUGCUCCUCCUGCCUUCUCCUUCUGUGGGGCCAAAGCGGAGGCUGCCCCCACCCAGACCACAGAUGAAAACGGGGAGGAGUCGGAUGAACCUCCCAAAGUGGAAGUCCAGGAGAUUAAGGAGACUGACGCGUUCUACUCCAAGAAGUGUAAACUGUUCUAUAAGAAAGAGACGGAGUUCAAGGAGAAGGGAGUUGGAACGCUGCAUCUGAAAAACAACUCAGACGGAAAGACACAGCUGGUAGUCCGCGCUGACACCAACCUGGGUAACAUCCUGUUGAACAUCAUGGUCCAGCCCUCCAUCCUCUGCUCCAGAAUGGGAAAGAACAACGUGAUGGUGAUGUGUGUUCCUAACCCUGUCGUGGACCACAACAACCCUACCAACCCUGUCGCCAUGCUGAUCAGGGUCAAAACAGGAGAGGACGCUGACGAACUGCACAACAUACUGGAGGAGAAGAAAGCUUAGAGGACGAGCCACCUGAAGGGGGGUACAGGCUGCCCCCACUCCACCCUUCUGCCUAUCAACUAACCCCAGGGCCAGUCCUGUACCCCUCCACCCCAGGGCCAGUCCUGUACCCCUCCACCCCAGGGCCAGUCCUGUACCCCUCCACCCCA